AUGAAAUGGAUCGAGGAUCAUGGUCAGAAAACCCUGGAAAUUCCUCCGACUCACACCAACCAGGCGGUCGACCAAGGAGCAGAGGCACCGAACGUCACGGCGGCGACUGCAUGGCCGAGUGCCUCAACGGUGGAGGCGGCUGUGUGGAGAGUGGUGGAAGAGGCCGGUGGGGUGGACGAAGACAUCCUCGCCAGCAUCGUGAUGCCGAACCGGGAAAUUGAGGACCCUAGCGCGGCUGGCGCCAAAUCCUCCCCGGCCACAACCGGCGAGGUCAGCGACGGGAAGCAGAAGCGCAAGGGCAAGGGCGGCACGGCGAAGGCCGGCUCUUCCAAGGGGACGUCCAAAGCGGCCACGCAGGGUCGGAAGGGUUCAGGCGUCCGCGUUGACAAGGAGAGCGGGCUGGCCACGUCAGAGAUGAAGUUUGGGAAGAAAAGCCGUUACAUCUGCCGGUCGAUGGACAAGUCCGAGGCCGCCUACUGCAUCGCUGUCGCCAUUUCGUCGUUCGACGGCUUCGUCAGCGAGGUGAUUCGCGACGAGUUCGAUGGGGUCAAGGAGGAUGUGAUGGAGCAGUAUAAGGCGGACUGGAAUGUGGCGCGCUUGAUUCCGGGGGGCAUGUGGACGGUCAUGUGGAGCCGAGGCGCAAACGUCUUCCGUGACAGUCGGAACGGUUAUCCGAGAUCCACGACGGAAGUAGCGGCCGGCGAAGGGGGGGCGGCAGCGACCGUACGCGGUACGUCCCCCGAGUUUGCGAAGAGGUGUAAGAGCGUCAUCAAGGUGGUGCUUCAACGGGCGUCGACCCGGGAGGUCGUCGUAGGAGAGGUCGCCGACACGGUGACGAAGGACCUGCAAGGCGCUGUGCUGAGGUCACUUCCUGAGGACGGGGACGAGCGCAAACACGACGAUCUGAUCGCCCGUGUCAUGAUCGAGAACCUCGCCUUCUGGGGGGACUGCUGUGUCGGCGGCCCUAAAUUCAAAGCGCGCGGCGUCGUUUUGCCUCUUGACGCCGGGAUGAAGGUGAUCGUUCGGGACAGGGGGGCGAGGGGGCAGCACAAAGGGAAGCAGGCGGCCGACGCCUAG